GUGAUGAGGCAUGGGCGGUCUAUGUUGGGGGCCCAGGAAUGAACACCUGCCAGAGCUUGACGAAGACAGUGUGUGCCCCUCAGUGUAAUGGCCGCUGCUUUGGGAGGAGUCCUAGUGAGUGCUGUCAUAUGGAGUGUGCAGGAGGUUGCACCGGACCCCUGGACACCGACUGCUUUGCCUGCCGUAACUUCAACAACUCAGGCUCCUGUGUGCCCCAGUGUCCCCAGACCCUCAUCUACAACAAGCACACCUUCAAACUGGAGCCCAACCCCAGCGCCAAGUACCAGUACAGUUCCAUCUGUGUGGCCCAGUGCCCCACUAAUUUUGUGGUGGACGGGAGCUCGUGUGUGAGCAGCUGCCCUUCUUAUAAGACGGAGAUGGAGAAGAAAGGAGUGAAGAGGUGUGAGCCCUGUGGAGGCCUCUGUCCCAAAGCUUGUCAAGGAACAGGCACAGCCUCCAGACAGACAGUGGACUCUCAAAACAUUGACAGUUUCAUCAACUGCACCAAGAUCCAGGGUAGCCUUCACUUCCUGGUCACCGGGAUUAAAGGUGAUCCCUACAACAACAUCACAGCUUUGGACCCAGAGAAACUGAAGAUCUUCAGAACUGUGAGAGAGAUCACAGACGUUCUGAGUAUCCAGUCGUGGCCUGAAAAUCUGACUGACCUGUCGGUGUUCUCCAACUUGGCAACCAUACAAGGAAGAACCCUCUACAGGGGCUACGCCCUGCUGRUGAUGCGUAUCCCGUCACUGACCUACCUCGGGCUGCGCUCACUGCAGAGCAUCAAUGACGGCGGUGUCUACAUCACAGGAAACAGGAAGCUAUGCUACCACCACACCGUCAACUGGACACACCUCUUCAGUAGUAGCUCCCGCCCACAGCGCCACCAGAAGAACAUCGACGUCAAGGACAACCGACCCCAGAGCCAAUGUGUUGCGGAGGGGCACAUGUGUGACCCUCUGUGUUCGUCGGAGGGGUGUUGGGGUCCUGGGCCGGACCAGUGUCUAUCCUGUAAGAACUACAGCCGGGGGCGAACCUGUGUCAAUCAGUGCAGAUUUCUCACCGGGAAGGGGCGUGAGUUUACAAGUCCGAAGGGCGAGUGUAUGCCCUGUCACUCGGAGUGUGAGGUCCAGGAGGGACAGCCCACCUGCAUAGGACUGGGAGCUAAUGAGUGUGUGGUGUGUGCCAGUCUGAGGGACGGUCCUCACUGUGUGUCCUCAUGCCCUGAAGGAGUGAUGGGGGAGAAGGGUCUCAUCUUUAAAUACUCCAACCAGCAGAGACGCUGUGAGCCCUGCCACCUCAACUGCACCCAGGGUUGCUCAGGCCCAGGAAUUGGGGACUGUUUGGACUCCACCAGAUUAACUGAUGGCCAAUCCAUUACAGGAAUUGUUUUGGGAGUUUUGGCAGCAGUUAUAGUGGGCUUCUCCAUCUUUGUGAUGAGUGUUCUGUACCGCCGAGGUCUUGCCAUCCGGCGCAAGAGAGCCAUGAGGCGAUACCUGGAGAGUGGAGAGAGUUUUGAGCCUUUGGACCCUGGUGAGAAAGUGGUCAAAGUUCAUGCCAGGAUCCUGAAGGUCACUGAACUCCGUAAGAUCAAGCUACUGGGCACCGGUGUGUUUGGCUCCGUCCACAAGGGCAUUUGGAUUCCUGAGGGAGACUCAGUGAAGAUCCCUGUGGCCAUAAAGACUAUUCAUGAUCGAAUGGGGCAAAAUACCUUCCAUGAGAUCACAGAGCACAUGAUGGUGAUGGGUAGCUUGGACCACCAGUACAUCGUCAGGCUCUUAGGUGUCUGUCCAGGUGCUAGUCUCCAGCUGGUCACCCAGCUAAGCAAUCAGGGGUCCUUACUGGAGCACAUCAGGCACCACAGGGACAGCCUGGACCCACAGAGGCUGCUCAACUGGUGUGUGCAGAUUGCCAAGGGUAUGUACUAUCUGGAGGAACACAUGAUGGUCCACAGAAACCUGGCAGCCCGUAACGUGCUCCUGAAGAGUGACUACAUGGUCCAGAUCUCUGACUACGGCAUCACAGACCUGCUCUACCCCGAUGACAAAAAGUACUUCUACAAUGAGGUGAAAACGGCCAUUAAAUGGAUGGCUCUGGAGAGCAUCUUGUUCCGCAGAUACACACAUCAAAGUGAUGUCUGGAGCUAUGGAGUGACAGUGUGGGAGAUGAUGUCAUACGGGGCGGAGCCCUACUCGGCGAUGCGUCCACAAGAAGUGCCAGACCUUCUGGAGAAGGGCGAGCGUCUUUCCCAGCCACCCAUCUGCACCAUAGAUGUCUACAUGGUCAUGGUCAAGUGCUGGAUGAUUGACGAGAAUGUCCGUCCCACCUUCAAGGAACUGGCCAAUGAGUUUACCAGAAUGGCCAGGGACCCACCGAGGUACCUUGUGAUCAAGGGGGAAUGCAGCCCAUCAGACUCUCCCUCAGAUGUAUCUCACCAACGAAGCACAAAGCUGGAUGACAUGGAGGCGGGGCAGGAGGACCAGGAUGAGGACACCACGCCCCCUCUCUACCGGUCACAGGCCAGGAGUCUCUCGAGACUUUCAGGAAUGGACAGUCACAGGGGUGUUCACAGCAGUCAGACUGGAUACCUGCCUAUGACCCCAGGACUGGAUAACCCUCAGAUGGUGUGGCCGUCAGCGUCCCGCUCUCGCCUCAAUUCCGCCCGCACCAUGUCAGAGAGUUCUGAAGGGCGGGGCACUGUGGUAGAGCUGGAGAUGAGCGAAUACUUUUUAUUGGCUGGCAGCAUGCGGAGAAAGCGGCAUCGGGAGGACAGUGCCUACAUGUCCCAGAGGGACAGCAUGUCAGGGGGGCCAUCUGAGACCCCCUCCCCUGACACAGAGGGGGAUAAGGACCAGAGUGGAUACAUGCUCCCCGGACUGGGUGACAGCCCAGAGAGAGAGACCCUACUGUUUAGCUCCCAGGUCACCCUGCCUCGCGGGAAGACGUCCAAGGUCUCCUCAUACCCAUCAGCACCCUCGGAGUACCAUGACAGUGCCUGUGAGGAAUAUGAGUACAUGAACAAACAGGCGUCCAUUAUGUAUCUCUCCCCCAGGCAGCAACCUGUACAUUCCAAAGAUGGCCCACAGCGGCUGAAGACGAACAAGAGGCAAUGCUCUUCUGUGCCGGACACAGAGUACUCAAAGUGCAUGGGGCACAGGACAUCAGCUGGGGAGAACAGGGGAGGCCAAACCAAGAAUGAAGAACACCAGGACUAUGAAUUCCCUGCUCUCAACUCUGAUUCAGACAACACAGAGCAACGGGGCUCUGUUGAUAUGGAAUACAAGUACAUGGAUAUUCUAAGUGUUGGACCAGAGGCCAGUGAAAGACCAGACGAUCCCCCAACACGAGAUGUCCCGCAUCCUGGAGCUACGCCUAAACAGUGGAUGAGAGGUGAGAGAGAGGUGGAGGAAGAGGAGGACGACGAAUACGUAGUAGAAUACGUAGAAGAGGACGACUAUCAAUACACUAACAGGCAGCCCAAGCUGCGGCACGCUCUGCGAGGCAGGGAGGGUCUGAGGAUGCAAGGAGGAGGAGAGGGAGAGGUGGAUGAGUACGAGGACAUGGAUUCCCUGGCCGCCCCUGGAGCUGGGGACCCAGUGGAGUACGAGAAUGUGCAGAGAGAAGGUGAAGGUGCAGUGGGAGGCAUGGGGGGUCAGCACACAGGGAUGGGGGCAUUUGUAAAAGUGCGUGCAGGGGUAGGGGAGCCUAGUGGCGGAGAUUGCUCCUUUGACAAUCCAGACUACUGGCAGAGCAGGUUGUUCCUGAAGCUUAACGCUGUGAACACAUAGGGAAGUGGACCUCCCUCACUGGCGCUGAAGAGGAUAGACGCCUCUGUAGCUCUUCCAUGCCAAUUGAAAUCAAUGAAGGACCAGGGGAGGGGAGAAAGCCAUCCAAUAUUAAAAAUAUGUGUGGCAUGUUUAUAACUAUAUUUUAUUUUAUGUUUUUUUAACCACGUUUUCUCCCCAAUUUCGUGGUAUCCAAUUGGUAGUUACAGUCUU